AGUGACUAAUAGCAAACGUGUCUGCUACAUUUCAGAGCUUUGCACGUCAAAUUCCGCACCCCGCCGUGAUUUAUGGGGCCUAAAAGCUCCCACACAGCGCCCAGCCGGAGCUCCUCUCCCUCUCGCCGCUGUGAUGGUUUGAAUCCAGGCUCGUUCUCCGGGGGGGUUAUAUAAACUAAUCGCGUCGCACAGCGCUGUGAGUAAACUGCUCCUCAACAACAGACCGGAUUAACGUGGAUUAUCUCGCCUCGGUAUCUGCGUGACCACACGUGCAACACAGACGUGAACGGUAAUGCAAAACUUAAAGACAAGGAACAAGGAUGAGUAUUAAAAGUGGACUCCAGCGUUGGACGCAUCAUUCAGGCGACUUGGUCAGGAGAACUGAUUUCACUGGAUCUGUGGAUGCAGGCGAGUUGAACCACAGACCAGGCUGAGGGACUCGUCCAGUUACCGCUGAUUCAACACAAGGCUUUUAUCAAGAACUCUACAUACUUGACAUGUUGCAAAAAAGAAAAUGAAGAGAAGACUUUUAUCAAGAACUCCACUUAUUCUACAUGAAUGAUUGAAGAAGAAAAACAAAAGAAGUAAAUUGUGGUUGGACUCUACUUCAGUGGUUUACCUAGCAAGAGAAAAUGCUCCUAAGAGAACACAAGUCAGCAAAAAGGAAUCUACACUUUUUUGCGUGCUGAUCAGAAGGAGUUUCUCAAAGAGGAGGAAAAAAAUCCACAUCUGUUUUUUGGAUCAUGGCUCUUGAGUGCAUGGUGAAGCCUGGGGUUCUGCUCUGUCUCGUGACCCUCGGAUUUUCUUUUUCUGCCCUACAUAAUACCUCCAGCAAAUAUGCUCCAGUCAUGGAGAAUAUGGAACAAGGCAAACGUCAGGAGGAAAAGUACAUGCCAUCAUACGUUCACCCCAACCUCUACUUUGAUUUAACAGAGGUGAAGCAGCUGACAAAGAAGGCAUCCAGCACGCACGGCCACAUUUUCAGAAUUAUCCAAAAUGCUGUCAUCACCAUGCUGGAGAACCCAACUCUCUACCUGCCUCCAAUGAGCCAUGAAGACUUUGGAAAGAAAUGGAAUGAGAUUUACGGCAACAACCUGCCACCUCUUGCUCUGUACUGCCUUCUUAAACCCGAGGACACUACCGCUUCCCAGUUUUUAAUAAAAUACAUGGAUCGUAUGUCGGAAUAUCCAGACUGGAUGGUGAGCACUGCUCCACACGAUGAAGUUCCAAUGGCACACUCCCUCACUGGCUUUGCCACAGCUUACGACUUCAUUUAUACCUAUUUGGACACUCAGCGAAGGGUUCGGUACCUGAAGAAGAUCCGAGCGGUCACUGAGGAACUCUGUGAACUGUCCAAGCAUAGAGGUUGGGGCAGGCAAUUCCUGCAGAACCACCAGACCACAAACAUACUAGCCAUCCUGACUGGAGCGAUUGUGACUGGUGAGCAUAAAGACCCUGAAAGCAUGAUAUGGAAGCAAAUUGCAGUGAACUACAUGGAAAAGACUAUGUUCCUCCUGAACCAUAUCGUGGAUGGUUCCCUAGAUGAAGGUGUGGCGUAUGGCAGCUACACAGCCAAAUCCAUCACUCAGUAUGUUUUCUUAGCUUUACGUCAUUUUGACAUUGACAACAGAAGGAAUAACUGGCUGAGAGCUCACUUUAUGUUUUACUAUGCCACUGUGCUCCCGGGCUUUCAAAGAACGGUGGGCAUUGCUGACUCCAACUACAACUGGUUCUACGGGCCAGAGAGUCAGCUGGUGUUCCUGGAUGCGUUUGUGCUCAGAAAUGGUUCCGGAAACUGGCUUGCACAACAGAUCAGAAAGCAUCGGCCUAAAGACGGGCCCAUGGUGGCAUCUGUAGCCCAGGGCUGGGCUACUUUACAUACCGAGUUUAUCUGGUAUGAUGCAGAGCUUUCUCCCAAGCCUCCGCCUCAUUUUGGGAAAGCAAACAUGCAUGUUUUUUCAAACUGGGGUGUGGUGACAUAUGGAGCAGGGUUACCUUAUGCCCAGGACAACACGUUUGUGUCUUUUAAAUCAGGCAAAUUAGGUGGACGGGCUGUGUAUGACAUAGUUCACGUGAAACCCUAUUCAUGGGUUGAAGGGUGGAGUAACUUCAAUCCAGGCCAUGAACACCCUGAUCAAAACUCUUUCACUUUUGCACCAAAUGGACAGGUCUUUGUCGCUGAUGCCUUGUAUGGGCCAAAAUACAGUUACCUUAACAACGUGUUGGUGUUCGCCCCCUCCCCCACCAGCCAGUGCAAUAAACCAUGGGAGGGGCAGCUAGGGGAGUGUUCCAAAUGGCUUCGAUGGGGAGAAAAGGAAGAAGGAGACAGCUCUGGUGAGGUCAUCUCGGCAUCUUCACACGAAGACACGCUGUUUGUUAGUGGCGAAGCUGUGUCAGCCUACUCAUCAGCUAUGAAGCUGAAGAGUGUGUACCGGGCUCUGGUCCUGCUCAACUCUCAGACUUUGAUGGUGUUAGAUCAUGUGGAAAAGCAGGAGCAGUCUCCGGUGACUUCAUUCAGUGCCUUUUUCCACAACCUCGACAUCGAUCUCAGAUAUGUGCCUCACAUUUCUUUAGACAGGUACAGGGGAGCUCUGAUGGAUGUGUGGGAUGCCCAUUAUAAGAUGUUCUGGUUGGACAGUCAGGGAGCCAGUCCGGUUCCCAGGAUACAAGAAGUGGAACAGGUCGCUGAGUUCAAGAAGAGAUGGACACAGUUCAUAAAUGUGACCUUUUCCAUGGACAGCUCAGUCAGCAGGGUAGUUUACCUAAUGCAUGGCCCAUUUGUCAAAGUUUCCGACUGCAGGUUCAUUGACAAUGGCAAAAAUGGAGUUAGGGUAUCUGUUACUCUGAAUGACACAGAGACUACUGUCUCCAUUGCCACAAAUUACAAGGAUAUAGGUGCCAGGCACAGCUACUUGGGCUUUGCAGGAUUUGCAAAAGCAGAGAGCAAGCACAGGAUCAUUCAUUUUGGUCAGGGAAUCCAAACUUUACCCAGCCAAGAAAAAAGAGAGUCUUCUUUUGAUGUUAGAUUUGUGUUCAGCAUCAUCACAUUAUGGAUUCUGUGUUUUGCUUUUGUAUUUUUGUCCAUUAAGAGAAAGUUCAAUGUUUCUUUCGGUAAGCUAAUCCGAUUAAUACUUAUUUCAGUGCUUUUUUUCUGGGUGCUGGAACUUUUGGUAAUGUCACAUAGUUGUGGGGAAGUCUUGUGUGGCAUCACAUGGCAGGAUCUUUCUGUUUCCGAUGAGGUAGUCACAAGAACCACAAUACCCGAUGACACCCCAGAUCCCCUCCCAUUCAUAGUCAUGACGUCUCUCCCUGGCUCUGGGGCAGAGAUUCUUCAGCACCUUUUCGACAAUAGCUCUGACUUUGUGUACCUCAGAAUCCCUUCUCCGUACCUUCAUGUACCUGAGACCAACUUUGUGCUGGACUCUUUGGUGGACGCUUGCGAGUGGUCCAGAGCAGAUGCCCAGAAUGGGAAGUUCCUAGCCAUUCAGGGAUGGUUCCAUUCCAUGAUGCACAGCAUCAGGAUGCACCUACAGAACAUUCAGCUCUACAAAGGCAACCUUGAAGCAGGGAGUAAAGUCAGCAGUGUUCAGGGAACCAGCAAGAAAAGUAGGAAGCUUUUGACGGAUGCUAGGGCAACUAUGAGGAGGAGACCAGCAGACCGGGAUGUGGAGUAUAUUAAGGCGCUUCGGCAACACUUGGUGACCUACCCGAAUGCCUGCCCUGUGCUGAACCUCCGGAGUGGGAGCUGGUCCCUAAAACUGCCCUUCAUUCACGAGGUGAUCGGGCGUUCAUUACGCUCAGUCCAAGUAGUGCGAGACCCCAGGGCAUGGAUCUAUCUCAUGCUAUACAACAGCAAUCCGAGCCUUUACAGUCGUAUAAACAUUAAAAAGCACUUGCUUAACGUUGUGAACCAGAGCAACAUGGAGGCAGGACAGGGGUGCACUAGGUUUGACCCAGCAUUUCAGCCUCUGCAAAUAAUCAGUGGUCAGCCAGACGCAAACCCCGUGCUGCUGCUUGCUCAUCUUUGGCUGGCCUACACCUCCGCCAGCCUCAGGGCAAGCACGGACCUGCCCCCUCACACCUAUCUCAGGGUGAAGUUUGAGGAUGUUGUGCUUUUCCCUGAGGAGACUGCAGGGAGGAUACAUGAAUUUCUUGGCAUACCUAUUGCACCAGCUGCCAUAAAUCAGCUCACUUUUGCAGCAUCCACAAAUCUGUAUCAUCUAGCUUAUGAAGGGGACAUAUCACCUGCCAAAAUCAACAUGUGGAGAGAAAACAUGGCCUCUGAUGAGAUCAAACUGAUAGAGGAUAUUUGCUGGCCUGUCAUGGAGACACUUGCGUACCAAAGACAUGCAGUCAUGCACCAUUAAUAAAAUGCGAGCUGAUUCAACACUGACCUGAUUGCUGUUUGGAAUAAAAUGCAGAAUA